AUGGCUUCUAACCUCAAUAUAAACGUUUCCGUCCAACUAAAUGGCUACCCCUUAUUCGGAUCGCCCCAAAUAGCCAUUAGUUCCACUCGAGCUCGCGCUAUACAAAGCACCAUCGAUAAGUGCGCUCAAGAUAUCGGAUAUCAACUCACACGAGCUGGUCCAGAAGAGAGAAGAGAUGCGGAGCAUGACAGGAAGUUCCAGGGAGAUAUGAGGGAACUUAUAGGAAAUCAUAAACCUACUUGGGACAGCCGGUUUUAA